CGGGAUGGCUCCGCGGCCGCCAGAGCCCGGCGAGCGGCGCUGAGGACGGCGGCGGCGGCAGGUCUCCUGGGUGGCUGAGCAUGGACCCAGUCGCUACUCACGGCUGCCAUCUUCUCCAGCAGCUGCACGAGCAGCGCAUUCAAGGCCUGCUUUGUGACUGCAUGUUGGUCGUGAAAGGGGUGUGCUUUAAAGCACAUAAGAAUGUUCUGGCAGCGUUCAGUCAGUAUUUUAGGAGCCUCUUUCAGAACUCUUCAGGCCAAAAAAGUGAUGUUUUUCACUUGGAUAUUAAAAAUGUAAGCGGCAUUGGGCAGAUCCUGGACUUCAUGUACACUUCUCACUUAGAUCUUAACCAGGAUAAUAUCCAAGUAAUGCUGGACAUAGCACAGUGUUUGCAAGUUCAAAAUGUUCUGAAUCUGUGUCACACAUUUUUGAAGUCCACCACUGUGGAACAGCCCCCGGGCGUGUCUUGUAACAGCGCGUUCUCCCUGCAGAGCACCCCGCCUGCCGAUGCGCACUGUGCAGUAAGUGAAAACUACCCUCCUCAUUUGCUGCAAGAGUGUCCCGCCGAUGUUCAGCAGAGUAAGGUUUUGGAUGAAUCACAUUCUCACGCUCCACCGUCCAUUAAUCUCCAUCAGUCUGCAGGGGAGGCAUCCAAACAGGCACCCGACACGCUGGAUGGCGCCUGCCCAGAGCUGCCUUUCAGACAGCCGAGUUACUACUACAAACUCAGAAACUUUUACAGCAAGCAGUACUACAAACAGGCUGCAUGUCCUGGUCACGAGAGGGUGAAUGAGCAGCCCUUCACUUUCAGCACAGCCGCGGACCUCGGUGCCGGCGACAACCAGCCUUGUGCCGGCAGUCAUUCCGAAUGUGUCCUGGAGUCUUCGGAGCACUUGCCUUCCCACUUCUUGGCCCAGCCCUUGAGUGAAUCUGCCCCAGACCCUGACUCAGACAACCCGUGCCAACCACCCACCAGACAGAUGAGGCUCAAAAAGGCCAUUCACCUUAAGAAGCUAAAUUUCCUCAAGUCCCAGAAAUCUGCAGAGGAGCCAUCCGAAGGCAAGCCGGAUGACGGCUUAACGAAGAGGGUGGAGUGCGCUAGUGCAAAUACUACAGAGAAAGCCACCAGCCACGGUGCUGAGGAAAAAGAAGGUGAAGAACUCGUCACUUCUGAGCGUUUUAACUGCACUAACGAAAUGGAGAGGCCCGAAGAGCCUGCGGCGCUGGAGGACCAGUCCCAGAUGCUUCAGUCACAGAGACAGUACACGUGUGAAUUGUGUGGAAAACCUUUUAAACACCCGAGCAAUCUGGAGCUUCACAGACGGUCACAUACAGGUGAGAAACCUUUUGAAUGUAACAUUUGUGGGAAACAUUUCUCUCAGGCAGGUAACUUGCAGACUCACUUACGUCGGCAUUCUGGUGAAAAACCAUACAUCUGCGAAAUCUGUGGAAAGAGGUUUGCAGCGUCUGGCGAUGUCCAGCGUCACAUCAUUAUUCACUCAGGAGAGAAGCCACACUUGUGUGACAUCUGUGGGCGAGGGUUCAGUAACUUCAGUAACUUGAAGGAGCACAAGAAGACACACACGGCCGAUAAAGUCUUCACCUGUGAUGAGUGCGGCAAGUCCUUCAACAUGCAGAGGAAGCUGGUGAAGCACCGGAUCCGGCACACGGGAGAGCGGCCCUACAGCUGCUCUGCCUGUGGAAAGUGUUUCGGGGGAUCCGGCGACCUGCGCAGGCACGUGCGCACGCACACCGGGGAGAAGCCGUACACGUGCGAGAUCUGCAGCAAGUGCUUCACGCGCUCGGCGGUGCUGCGGCGGCACGAGAAGAUGCACUGCAGGCCCCACGGGGGCCGGGCCGCGCUCGACGAGCUCGCCCACGCCAUCGAGACCCCCGACCUGGAGAAGUCGCAGGGCUCGGAGUCCUUUUCCCAAGACGUGUCUGUGACUCUGAUGCCCGUGUCGGUCAAGCUCCCCGUGCAGCCGGCCGAAGAUUCGGUGGCAGAGUUUGACGGCCCCUCCGCCGGCUCCUACUGCAAGUUCCGGCCCGUGGUUCAGCCUCCCGCAGCCGCUGAGCCGGAGAAGCUCGGGCUGGAUCCCGGCAAACUCGCCAAGCCUCCGAUGCAGCCGGCGCAGCCUCCGGCGUAUGCUUACCCGGACGUGGCCGCCGUGGCCAGCGAGCCGCCGCUGCAGCCCGACAGCCUGUCCCUGGGCCGCUCGUCCCUGGCCACGCUGGACAAUCACUGCGGCGAUGUGCUGGGCGGCCGCGGGGCCGCCACGCCGUACAGGAACUCCGAGGGGCAGUUCUUCUCCAGCAUGACGCUGUGGGGGCUGGCCAUGAAGACGCUGCAGAAUGAAAACGAGCUGGACCAGUGAUGUCCGGCGGCAGCAUUUCCCAGCCUCAGAGCCUUUUUGAAGCCCAGUGGAGCGGCGUCCGUGCUUCGGGAGAGAGCGUUUUCUCCGUGGUGGCCCUUUCUCACCGGCCCGAGAAUAGUUUGACCAUUUCUGUGCUGGUGGUGACUGAUUACUGGAAGCUUCCGGAGCCUCAGGAUCGGGGAAGAAGGCCCACAGGCUCCCCGUGCACGCAGACGGGGGACUGGAGGAGCGGAUAGCCUGGGAAACCAUCCCACUGACCUUCGCCGGCAGCACGGCGUGCACACGUGGGGUCAGCUACUGUACGUCUCAGUCACAUUAAAGGGAGAAAGCUAUAUAUAGUAACACAAAUAUGUUUGCAUUUUUACAUGAUUGAAAUUUGUACUGUUUUGUAUUUUUAUUUCCACAAAAAGUUUAUUUGUAUAUGAAACUCAUGUUAUAAUUUAAUUUGAAUAAAUGAAA